ACUAAGGUGGACGAUUAAUGGAACUUGUACCUUGUACAAUCAGCUACAUAGAGUUUGCAGAGCAAUACCUGAAGGAGAACAGACCAUGUCUUAUAGACCAGGAGCUAACUGCAUCUUGGAAAGCAAGAAAAUUAUGGCAGAAGGGAGGGAAGCCAUUUUUAGAAUAUUUAAAGAAGGAAUUUGGAGAAUCCCAGGUUCCUGUCACUGAUUGCAAUGACAUUCAAUUCUCAUCACAUCCAAAGCAGACCUGGUCUUUUGCAGCAUACAUUGACUACUGGAGACAAUACAAUAUCUCCUUGUACUCCUCCAGUGAUAAGCAUACUGAAAAGAGACAGCUAUAUCUAAAAGACUGGCAUUUCACGAGAGAUUAUCCUAAUUAUGGCCUAUACACUACACCUCAUGUCUUCUCUAUUGACUGGUUAAAUGAAGUAUGGGAUCAGGAGUCUCCUGGAGCAGAGGAUCACCAUCAAGUGAAGGACGAUUAUCGUUUUGUAUACAUGGGGCCAAAAGGAACAUGGACUCCAUUUCAUGUUGAUGUUUUCCGAUCAUAUAGUUGGUCAGUUAAUGUCUGUGGUCUCAAGGAAUGGCUGAUAUAUCCUCCAGGAGAGGAGAAGCAUCUAAGAGAUAAAUAUGGUAACCUUCCUCUUGAUGUAACAGGAACUGAGCUACAAGAUACCUCAAUGUAUCCAAAUGCACAUAAAGCAAUUAAACCAUUGCACGUAAUACAAGGAAUUGGACAGGCCAUCUUUGUACCAAGUGGCUGGCAUCAUCAAGUGAAAAAUUUGGAAGAUACUAUAUCUAUCAAUCAUAACUGGACUAAUGGAUUCGGUAUUGCAUACACAUGGAAAUACUUAAAGACAGAAUUAAUACUGGUAGAGAAAGAGAUUGAUGAUUGCAGAAGUAUGGAGGGUUGGUCAGAGCAAUGUCAAGUUAUAUUAAGGUCUGAUGCUGGUAUGAAUAUUAACGAUUUCUAUCACUUUAUACUCAAAAUUAUUCACCCAAGACUUGAGAGAUUAAAAAAAUUAACAGAAGCCUCAAAACAAGGUAUGCCAAGUAGUUCAAUAAACAUAAUUAAUAAUUAA